AUGACGAACCAAAAACCGUUGAAUAUUGUCUGUAUCGGGGCUGGCUACGUUGGAGGACCAACGAUGGCUGUGAUUGCCAAACAGUGUCCACACAUCACCGUUCACGUGAUGGACGUCUCUGAGAGCCGAAUUGCCGCGUGGAAUUCCCCCGCCCCCGCCGCGGGGGAGAAGUCCCAACUCCCCAUUUACGAACCCGGACUGGCCGAUAUAGUGUACGAGGUGCGGGGGAGGAAUCUCUUCUUCACCACCGACCGCAACUGCAUCAAGGCGGCGGAUGUCAUCUUCGUGGCCGUCAACACACCAACAAAGGAAAAGGGAAUGGGUGAGGGAUAUGCGGCGGAUCUCACGUACAUUGAGAGCUGCGCGCGUCUCAUUGGUGAAACCGUUGGCGAUGGUCACUACGUUGUGGUGGAGAAGUCCACUGUUCCUGUGCGGUGCAGUGUGUCUAUCCGCCGUAUUCUCAGUGCCUACAGGAGGAGUGAACAUGUUUCCUUCUCUGUCGUGAGCAAUCCGGAGUUUCUCGCAGAGGGAACAGCUAUUAAUGAUUUACUCCAUCCAGAUCGUGUUCUCAUUGGUGGGGAGAGUGAUGCCGCCAUUGAUACAGUUUCGUCUAUUUAUGAAAACUGGGUGGACAGGUCUCGUAUUAUUCGUACCAAUCUCUGGUCCAGUGAGUUAUCAAAACUUGUGGCGAAUGCCUUCUUGGCUCAACGUAUUUCUUCCAUUAACUCUAUUACUCCACUUUGUGAGCUUAGUGGUGCUGAUAUCACGGAAGUUCGUCGAGCUAUAAGUGCUGAUAAACGUAUUGGUCAAUAUUUUCUUAAUCCAUCUGUUGGUUUUGGUGGUUCAUGCUUUCAAAAGGAUCUCCUCAACCUUGUUUAUUUGUGCCAAACACUUUCCCUUAAUGAGACGGCAGAAUAUUGGGCACAGGUGGUGAAAAUGAAUAACUAUCAGAAGGAGCGUUUCUUCCAGAGAAUUGUCAAGAACUGUUUUGAUACUGUGAGAGCAAAGAAGAUAUCUAUUAUGGGAUUUGCCUUCAAGAAGGAUACAGGAGAUACUCGUGAAAGUGCUGCCAUUUACAUUUGUGCACGACUUCUAGAGGAAGGAGCCAAACUUUCUAUUUACGAUCCUAAGGUAACACGAGAAUAUGUAAUGAUGGAACUUGAAAACUUCUUCAACAAGGAACAUUUAUUAAACAGUUGUGUAUAUGAUAGAUUCAAGCGGGAGUCUUUGUCUCAUAACAAGAUGGAUAUUUCAAAAAUGCUGGAAAAUGUUGAAAUGGUGGAAACUGCCCUGGAGGCAUCUAAUCAAUCAAGUGCGAUGGUUAUUUUAACGGAAUGGGAUGAGUUUGUCACUAUGGACUACAGUAAACACCAUGAAGUUAUGAUGAAACCGGCACUCCUCUUUGAUGGUCGCCUUGUUGUGGAUGCAAGGAAACUAAAGAAGAUUGGGUUUGAGGUGUGCUCCAUUGGUAAGCCCCCAAUUGCGGCAACAGAUAACUUCCUUUUUGGAAGUCCGUGA